AUGAGUUCUUCAGCAGGUAUGUUAUACUUACCGCCGACACCUCCACCACCCCUUUUCCAUCGUUGAUUAAAAAAAAGAAAAAAAAAACACCCCAAGAUACUAACAUCCGAACUUCAAGCGCCAACAAAUUUCAAAGUAGGUCUCACGCCGCAAGAAAAGUCGUUGUACACCUACUUAUUCAAAACCUUGGAUCCGGAAAACACCCGCGUGAUCACAGGUGACAAGGCGCGAGGCACUUUUGAGAAAUCCGGGUUGCCGCCAGCUGUUCUCGGGGAAAUAUGGCAGAUUGCUGAUCAAAACAACUUGGGGUACCUCAAUCAGUUUUGCUUUUGCUACGCAAUGAGGUUGAUUGGUUAUGCUCAAGCCGGCAAGCAGCCAAAGGCCGGCUUGGCCGAUGUACCUGGCCCUUUACCAAUGUUUGCCGACAUUUCCAUCCCACCACCAGCUCAAGUUCAGCCACAAUCAACAAGCAACUCGUUCCUUUCUAAUCAGCCUGGAAGCUCGACCCCGCAACCGCAAUCGCAGUCACAAUCACAACCAUUGCCUCCACCCACAUCCUCAUCGGCUCGAGACCCAUUUUCAUCCAUUUCACAAGCAGACUAUCAAAGAUUUUCGCAGUUGUACGCAAGAACAGUUGGAUCCACUCAGGGAGAGUUGAGCGGUGCGCAGGCAAAGGACAUUUUUGUCAAAGCUAGACUUCCCACUGCGAUUUUGGGUCAAAUUUGGAACUUGGUGGACCGGAAAAACAAAGGCUCGUUGGACGUGGGUUCCUUUGUCAUUGCCAUGCAUUUGAUCCAAGGCUUAUUGAGUGGGCAUGUGAAGCAAUUACCACCGUAUUUGCCUGCUUCCAUAUGGCAGUCGGUUGAGAGCUAUCAACAAGCUCCCCCACCACAACAACAACCGCAACAACACCCAACUCGUCAAGUAUCUAAUGCCUCUGUUGGCUCGAAGCAGACGACUGCAGUGCACCGGUCAGCUAGAACUCCUCAAUCAGCUCCGCCCCAGAUUGACGAAUGGGUCGCAACUCCGGCGAUGAAGGCACAAUACGACUCGAUUUUCUCCAGCUUGGAUAAAGAGAAUAAGGGCCAGUUGAACCCAGAUCAGGUUGCAUCGUUUUUGAUGACUUCCAAAUUAGAACAGGACGACUUGGCUUCCAUUUGGGACUUGGCCGAUAUCCAAAACACAGGCAAUUUCACAAAGUUGGAGUUUGGCAUUGCCCUUUUUUUGGUCAAUCGAAAAGUUGCAGGAAAAAGUUUGCCCAAUAUUGUUCCAGAAAGCUUGCUCGCGUCCUUGAGAUCGUCGGCUAAACCACCGCCUUUUACUCAGGAAAACAACAAGAACAAUAACAACGAUAACAACGAUAACAACGCUUUGGGCUCUGCACCACAACCACCACGCUCCCUGGAAACCUCCACUAGAGGCAAAUCUUCAAUCGACGAUUUGGUUGACAUUUUCGGCAGCGCUUCUCCACAACCUGGAGCAGCAGCAGCAGCUGUCGCCCCGACAAAGCAACACCAGUUGCAGCAAAGAGCCUCGAGCUCAGACUUUACCAAUACGGAAGCGGUACCGAAGGUUCGCUCCACUUUGACCGGUUCGUUCAAGCCGACUUCCAGCUUUGGCCAGUCAUUAAUGCAGGCUCAAGCGGAGCCUCCAACGUCGAGGCUCGAGGAAGAGAAAGAGGGCGCCUUGUUGGGUGAGGACGUUCAACAUCAUACUAGACCCACUCGAGUGGAUUCGGCUGCGUCAUCGUCAAACGCAUCAAAUCAGCCAAGGACUGUGAACUACGAUGCAUUAAGAAGUGUUCCUCCUCCUCCGCCUCUGAAACAACCAACUUCGACCAAUGCUGAAACUUUGCCCCAGCAGCAGACACCAAGAGACGCGCCAUCAGCAGCAGCAGCAGCAGUAGCUAACUCGCGAGGAGUCCAUGGCAAUGACCUAUUGGCAGACCCUCAAUACUCUGCUCAGUUGUCGCAAGCGACCUCGGAUUUGGCCAAUGUGUCGAACCAAAUCAACUCCCUCCACAAUCAAACCAAGGAGUUGGAUGAAAAGAAAACCAAAGCCGAGCAGGAGCUCAAGAGAUUGCUCAAUGCAAAAGCAGAGUUUGAGAGCAAGUUGAAGACCUUGAGGUCAUCCUAUGACAAUGAAGUGGCCCAAGUAAAGCAAGUGGAAGCCAGUUUGGCUACUGCACGUGAAGAAAGCGAGGCUUUGAGAUCUGAGGCCUCGAUUGCCGAAGCAAAAGUGAAUAGAACCUCCAGCGAGUUGCACGAAAAGCAAAUGGCCGUCGAGGAGUUGCAAAAAGAGAAUGGAGCGUUGAAGGAGAAAUUGACAGGACUAAACGCCGAGACUGUUGAUCUCGAAAAACAGCUUGCCACCAAACAAGCAGAACAGCAAAGCUUACAAAACCAAUUUUCGGUGAAAAAAUCUCAGGUGCAAGUAGUGAUUGUGAAAAACGGCGACCUCAAGAACAAGAUUGCUGAAAUCGAAGAAAGUCACAUACGGUUGCAAACUCAGAUUGAUAAUGCCGAAAAAGAAAGGAUUGCUCAUGAGAAACAGCAGCAAGAAUUGGAGGAAAAACAAAGACUGUUGCACCAAAACAAACCAACAAAACCAAGCGCCGACUUUUCUAGUCCGGCGAUUUUAGCCGGUGCAGGCGCAGCUUUGGGAGCCACCAUCGGUGGUGUAGCAAGUGUGGCAAGUGCAGUAUCUCACUCGUUGGGUCUGUCUUCAACCACGGAUAAUGAAGCACAGGCAAGUGCUCCGGAAACAAUUCACCGUCCCGAAGAAAAAGGAGCCGUUCAAGGUGUCAAGAAUUUGCCGGUGGUGGGAGGAGAACCAACUGAUAACGCCACUAAUGCUACGUCCUCUGUUAGCACUGAGCAUGCUGAUGAAACCGACACGCCAAUCACAUCUCCCAGCAACUCCGAGUUUCAGUUCCCUCAAGGACCAAACACGGGAAUUGCUGGUGGAAUGGUGGGAAUGCCCGGGGUACUCGUGGGGGUGCAAAGAACCGAUUCUUUGACUUCUAGCGUCCAAAAUAAUGCUGCGUUGUCGGUGAGAGAUGACAACAUUGAUCUUUCCGACAGAGAAACUAUAGAUCAAGCUCCCGAAGAAAGCCGCGAUAGCGACAAGGGGUCGUCUUCGUUUGAGAUUGUCAACUCCGCUGAUGCUAGAUCUCCCGACAAUAUUGAGUUCCCGCCAAUCAGAGAGCUUGAUUACCAAGAAAGCGAUUCGUCUGAAGAAGAAGAUGAUGAUGAGUCUCAGCAGUUUGACGAUGCGGUAGGUGAAUUCAAUCAACGUAAGGAGCAGCAGAGAAGCUCACAAGCCCAACCAUCCGAGCAAACAACAACUGUUCCGGUGAAAAAAGAUGAUUCUGGUUUGGAAGGCGCAGAUUUUGACGACCUUGAACCGGCUACACAGGACACUAAUACUCAGGACAAGAACUUUUUUGAAGAUGGCUUUGACGACUUGGAAGCUGCUCAAGUCGAUAACGGUGGGUACGACGAGGACUUUUACAAGGACGAUUUUGCAUUGAACAACCAAUUCACCAACUCCAAUGCGCCAGACUUUGGCAACCAAACAGGUGAAACCAUCACUGGUGCUGUUGCAGAUAACGAUGAGUGGGAGCAAUUGUUUGCUGGAUUUGGCAACGCGCAACCGGAAGUUGGCCAUGCGCAAGCCGGGCCCAACGAAGAGAUUUCCGAAGCUAAAAAUGCUGUUCCUGAAGAGUUUGCGCAAUCUUCAGAUCUCAGUCCCCUGGAAGACUACGCCGUACAAGAGCUAGUCGGAAUGGGGUUCGAUGAGACCACCGCGAUAGAAGCUUUAAAGAACCAAAAUGGGGACUUGGAAGCAGCCACCAACUAUUUGUUGGACAACGCUUAG